CGACUUGGCAAAAGCUUCACUUGCCUUACCCUUGCCUCACCCUAGAGCCGCCCUUGGUCACCGCCCGUGCAGCAGCUGGAGUUUUUACUUUCGUUUCAGAUCAUCCCUUUCAGCAAUGGGCACAACAAAUAUAAGGGACAUUUUGACUUGUUUGAGUCCCUCUUUGGACUUCUUUGCUAUCAGUUUUGGUGAUGGCCGUAUCAAGAUAUGGGAUACACUGAAGGGUCAGGUACAAACGGAGUUUGCAGAUAUUGUGUCAACUGAGACAACAGCAAGCUUGUUUACUAAGCCAGGAGGUCAUCUUUCUAUGGAUUAUACUUGCAUGAAGUGGUUAUCAUGUGACAGAAAGAAAAAAAGGAAGCUUGGAACUUCAUUAUUGGUUUUAGGUACAGGCAGUGGUGAUGUUUUGGCUCUAGAUGUAUCUGCAGGUCAUCUCAAAUGGAGAUUUACUGAUUGCCAUCCUGGCGGUGUCAAUGCCAUCUCAUUCCCUUCACAUGGUUCAUUCAUUUACACGGCUGGUGCUGAUGGACUGGUUUGCAAAAUUGACUCCAUGUCGGGGAACUUACUGCAUAAGUUUAAAGCUUCCACUAAAGCAAUAUCAUCUUUAUCCGUUUCGUCAGAUGGGAAAAUAUUAGCAACAGCAACUUCUCAGUUGAAAAUUUUCAAUUGCUUGGAUGACAAAAAGCUCCAGAAGUUUUCAGGCCACCCUGGGGCUGUUCGGUGUAUGAUUUUCUCUGAAGAUGGGAGACAUGUACUUUCUUCUGCUGGUGGUGACCGACACGUAGCAGUUUGGAAGUUGGAUGGUAGCAAAAAGAAAUCAGCGUGCUGCUUGCUUCCAAUGGAUCACCCUGCUGUCUUUUUGGAUAGUUACUGCAUUAAAUCUGGAGUUGAAAAUGAUGCUAGUUUAGGUGUUUUGGCCAUUUCAGAAAUUGGUGUUUGCUACUUUUGGCAUGGAAAGAGUUUUGAGGAAUUGCACAAUUUGAAGCCCACAAAAAUAUGCGCAUCUUUAGAUGAUAAAAUUCUGAAGAAACAUAAAGAAGCCGUGCAUAGUAUUUUUUCAGCAAAAUUGCAAUCUAUUGGCACAUCUGGUUCCGGUCAUAUGUUUGUUGCAUAUGGCUUGUUAAUAAAACCAUCAUUUGAAAAAGUUAUGGUGCAGCCUGGGGCGGAUAUCAGAUUAAAAAGUUCACUUGACGGGAUCCUUCUACCCUUCAGUCAAUCUCGCAAAUCUAAACAAGCAUCUAACACUCAGAGUCAGGUUACUGCUCUUGAUUGUGCAAAUGCAGAGGGUGCCUUACUUCCUUUGCCUAAGAUUCUUGAUCAGGUUGGUGUCGAGCAUGGAAUUAAGCCCACAGUAAGCAAAGAUGUCAUUGGUAAACAUGGUGAAGAUGAGGUCACAAUUUGCAUGGAGGACCAGUUAAGAUCCAUAGGUAUAAUUAGCAGUGACUAUGAUCUCUCGCCUAGCUCAAUUCUUGAUCCUAAGAUUUUGAAAGGAAUAAGUGUUGAUGCUAGUAUGCCACCGAAGAAGAUGAAAUCAGCUGUUUUAUCUUUGGAGUCGCCUGAUGCUUACAACUUAUUGAAUGCCUUGGUGGCUGCAUGGCAGUCCAGAUCAAGCAUGGGAAGACAUGUUCUUCCAUGGAUAUACUGUAUAUUGGUGAACCACAAUGAAUUUGUUACAUCGCAGGAACCACUGACUCCUCUUCUGGAUUCCUUGAACAAGCUUACCAGGUCAAAGGUGGCAGCCCUGAGCUCUUUAUUGCAGUUAUCUGGCCGUUUGCAGCUCGUAAUGGCACAGAUUGAGAAGGCUGAUAAUAGGAAAAGCCCCGCACUAACACUCGAGGGGCAGAUGGAUGAAAGUGAGGAUGAUGAGGUAGAUGAAGUUAUGUAUGGCAUAGAUGAAGAAUCUCAAACAAGCAGUGACGGAGAUGACUAGGACUUUUUGGGUUUUAUAUUGCUGACCGUGUUUUGCCACCAUUCUCGUGCCAAUGAAAUAUCGGCCUGGGACCUUUUAGUAGCUUUGUGGCGCUAACAGAGAAUGAAUUUAAUAUGAUGCUCUGAAUCAAGUCGCUACAGGUAGGCAGUUGCUGUCUCAAAGGUUCCUCUUUCCUCAGCUGAAAUUGUUUGGUUGUGACGGGUUAACAACUCUUGAGGGGUGAAUCUCUGUUGUAGCGUUUCACUGUAAGUAUUGAUGGUGAAGAAGUGUGUGCCUUAAUUUGUGGGACUUGCUUAGUAGCAUGCAAGGCAAUCCAUCUUCCGUUUUCACUGUGCUGAGAGUCCAGUCCUUUUUCAUUUUUGCUUGUUGAGAAUAUUCAUUGUUAAUGAUGGGCAAAUAGCUUGGACCUUGCUGUAUUUAUUUGUACUCUUUACGAACUGGGCGGAAAAAUAGACUUUAUUAUUCUUUAUCCAGUGUUUCACGUUUAUGUGAUUUUUGGAUGUUCGUUAAUUUGAGAUAUCGUGAUUAACAGCCCGGAUUGACAAUUUUGUGAGGAA